AGCAUCCUGGCGGCGGAGCGGCGGCCCCGGCCGGGCUGAGCUCGCGUCCUGCCGCAGUCUCUCGGCCGCUAGUCCGGGCGAACGCGAGCGCGGAGACCCCCGCGGGUCGGUCAGCACUGGCGGCUACCGCCGCGGCUCCCACGCGCAAUCGCCGCCCCGCGCCUCGGCAACGCAAGCCACAGGCUGGGCUGCGCAGCGUGGGAGGGCUUCGCGGUCCCGGGGGACCGAUUCCGAACUUGCAGGGGACCGCGGCUCUCCCGGGCCUGGAGAGUGUGAACAGGAUUGCAGAUUUACAAUGAUAUGGUGAAUCCAAAGGCUGGAACCAACAAGAUUUUCUCAGCUCUUCAGUGUGCACGACAGUGAAUUAUCUACCAACACCCAGCAUGGCUAAAAGUGCAGAGGUCAAACUGGCGAUAUUUGGGAGAGCAGGUGUGGGCAAGUCAGCUCUUGUAGUGAGAUUCCUGACCAAACGGUUCAUCUGGGAAUAUGAUCCCACUCUUGAAUCAACUUACCGACACCAAGCAACCAUUGAUGAUGAAGUUGUCACCAUGGAGAUACUAGAUACUGCUGGUCAGGAAGAUACCAUUCAGAGGGAAGGACACAUGCGAUGGGGGGAAGGCUUUGUGCUGGUCUAUGACAUUACUGACCGAGGAAGUUUUGAAGAAGUGCUGCCACUUAAGAACAUCCUGGAUGAGAUCAAAAAGCCCAAGAAUGUGACUCUCAUCUUGGUUGGAAACAAAGCUGACUUGGACCACUCCAGACAGGUUAGUACGGAAGAAGGGGAGAAGCUGGCUACUGAAUUGGCAUGUGCUUUUUAUGAGUGUUCUGCCUGCACUGGAGAAGGGAACAUCACUGAGAUAUUCUAUGAGCUAUGUCGAGAGGUGCGUCGCAGGAGGAUGGUCCAGGGCAAGACGAGGCGACGCAGCUCCACCACGCACGUCAAACAAGCCAUUAACAAGAUGCUUACCAAAAUCAGUAGUUAGGUGGCUCUGUUCUUGCAAAAGCCCUACUGAGGUGGGUCGGGUAAUUGGAAACACUUUCUCGCCCUUUACUCCUGUUGGCCCCCCUAAAAUAAAAGAAAAUACUCCAUUCCUUGUUCUGACUCUGGGAAAUGUCUGGGCUUCCGGUUGUUCCCAGGUCUCCCAUAUGUUGAAAAGUUAUAGAGUGUUUUAUGCAAUUUUAGUGCUGACAAUUUCUCCCUUUCCUGCUUGAAUAAGAUGCACUCUAUUGCAGUUUGAACCUAUAAUCACCAGAGAUUCUGAAAUGGCUGGGUUUGUAUUAAGCUAUUCUUAGGCAUCCUCACCUUGCUUCAAGACUUUUCUAAGGCAUCUUGAAAUUUCAUUCCUUGUCAAAGACUUCAAAUGAUCAUCUUAAAAGUGGAAGGUAAUAGAAAAUACAGUAAAAACCCAGGAAGAGCCGCUGAGAUACUGGAGCAGGGAGUAGAGCCCUAGUUCCUCUUUGAAUUGAGGAUUUUCAUAAUUAUCUCAAAUUGUCUAGCUUUUCUUUAACCCUUAUUUUGUUCUUGAAUUCAAACGCGUUGUCACAAAGUUUUCCACUGUAGUAGAGUUCCCUUUCAAUUCGAGUGGGUUCUCUCAAUGAGCUCUUGAUCCUUGUACUCUGAUUCUUCUUCUGUGGCUUCAAUAAAGUUUCACUAUAAGAGAGGCAGAAGGAUCCUUCAAUUCAGAUCCUGCUGGGCCAUUUCUCACCAAGCCCAGGGUCAUGUAAAGACAUUAGGAGUCUUUUCACCAAAUCCUGACUUCACUGAAUGCUAACAGAGGAUUUAGAAUCGGAGAUGUCUGAUUCAUUUCUCUCUCUCUCUGCUUAUCAUCUUAGCAGAAAGACAACAGUCCAAAAAAACAGGAAAAUUAAGAAUGAAGCUGAGCUACCCUUCCACUGGGGAGCCAAGGCUCUAAUGCCAGGCACAGUAAGAAAAAGUAGCCUCUGAUUCAUUAAAUUGGCUAAAUGACUUCCAUUUUGGAUAAAUUAAUUCACUUAGAAUUCAGAAAAGAAUGUGUGAUUGAAGUUCACUAUCCCUGAAUAAAUGUGUAUAAAACAGAUUCCUAUAUUGUGAAAGUACAGUCUGUAACUGAUAAAACUUUAUGUUUUUUUUCCCUCUUAUGCCCCCAUAUAUCAAGAUUUGGGCACUUUAUUUUAGAAGAAAAUAUAUAUCUUUCACAUAUGUGUGUAUUUAUAAAUGCAUAGAUAUAUGUGUAAAAAUUUGUAAGAGCUGGAAGCUUUAAUUCACCAAUGCAUUUGGAUAAAUUGAUGUAAUUAUUUUAUGUGAUAUAAUAAAAAGCAUAAUUUUC